CCUCCGCCUCGUAAGGCAAGUCCGCCGUUUGACAAGGCGUCCGCGGACCUCGUCCUACGUACAUCGGAUUACGUAGACUUCCACGUCUGGAAGUGUAUCCUAGCCCUAGCCUCCCCUGUUUUCGAGGACAUGUUCGAGCUGGCGGAGCAUGGCAAGCGAUCAGAAGGAAAGACGGCCGAAGGAGCGGAAUGCACGUCUUCCACACCCUCUUCAGCUUCCGUCAUUGAAGUCCCGGAAACCAGUUCUGCGUGGACGCUACUCCUCCGCUGGAUCUAUCCUUCCCGGCCUUGCCAUGAUCCCCUGCCGCCAUUUCUGCUCAAGACAGCCCUCGCAGCUGCACACAAAUAUCAGAUGGAUGGC